UUAUUCCAAUUAUUUCUCCGCUGUAUUUGUGUAAAAUACAGAUUACAUUAAAUCUGUGUGCGGUAUUACAAUAAGUAUAUACAAAGGCUUAAAAGGCGUAAAAGGACUUGCAAACAAAUCCCAAGCACAGGAAGGAGGACGCCAUAUAUUUGCUUCCGCUGGACUAUUUUCUUCAUGCGUCGUAAACAGGCGCACAGCGGCGUAUUCUUUAGAAGAGCGAACUAUGGAAGAUCCCAUGUGGAGCCGAAAUUAGGAUACAUUCUUCCGUUAUUUUCUCCUAAAUGCGGGUGGCUGUUCUCCUCCGAUGACACCGAGGGGAUGAAUUUGGACAAAGUCCUUUGUUUCGACACGCUAUGGGGUGCGUGAGUACUAAAUUAGCCCCGGAAACUCCACCGAAUGCCCACCUAGUGGAAACGGUACAAUAUGGGCAGGAGAAGAGCGGUCGCAGCGGACACCCACUCGUCAAAAACACCCUACAACUUCAGCAGUCGCCUAACCCCCGGGCUAACCAGGACGGGGCCCCUCGGGCGAAUAAAAAGGUGAAAAAAUACAGAGACAAGUUUGACCCUAGGGUAACGGCAAAAUACGACAUAAAAGCCCUAAUCGGUCGCGGAAGUUUCAGCCGUGUUGUUCGAGUCGAGCAUAGGGUAACCAAACAACCAUAUGCUAUCAAGAUGAUAGACCGAGUACAGGGAAAGGAAGUUUUCGAGUCUGAACUGAAUGUUUUGAGGCGGGUGAGACACAUGUACAUAAUACAAUUAGUGGAGGUGUUUGAAACCCCAGAGAAAGUGUACAUGGUGAUGGAAUUAGCCACUGGAGGCGAACUUUUCGAUAGGAUUAUUGCCAAGGGAAGUUUUACAGAGAGAGACGCAACUCGCGUUUUGAACAUGGUUCUUGAUGGUGUGAAAUAUUUACACGGUUUGGGUAUCUGCCACCGUGACUUAAAACCAGAAAAUUUGCUCUACUAUCAUCCUGGUCAUGACUCUAAAAUAAUGAUCACAGAUUUCGGACUCAGUGCGAUGAGAAAAGGUCCAGAAAACUACAUGAGGACUACUUGUGGAACUCCCGAAUAUAUUGCACCAGAAAUUUUGGCCCGAAAGCCCUACACAACUCAGGUUGACAUGUGGGCAAUGGGCGUGAUAACCUAUAUACUGCUUAGUGGAACCAUGCCUUUUGAUGAUGAGAAUCGAAGCAGGCUGUACAGACUCAUCCUAAAAGCCAAGUUCACCUAUCUUGGAGAGCAUUGGAAGGAUGUGUCUGCACUAGCCAAGGACUUCAUCAGCAAGCUUCUUGUUCUGGAUCCGGAUACUCGUGGCACUUCGGCACAGUGCUUGAAACACCCGUGGAUCACAACAAAUGCUGCCUCAUCAAGUAACAAGAAUCUCCAUCGCACAAUUAGCCAAAACCUGUUGCAUCGUCAGUCCCUGCAUGCCAAUAGUACAAGUGCCAAAUCGACAAAGUCCAACAAAAGUAACAAGUCCAACAAGUCGGCAAGGUCACUUCGGUCUGACCAUCGCCGUGUGCAGCCAGAAGAGAUUGAUGAACUUCACAAAGAUCCUGAAGUUCAGGCAGACAUUGCAUCAAUUGGCAGUCACCAUAGCAACUACAGCCAUCGAACGUAACUCCAAGUAUUGUCAGUUUCUUGACAUUAAAGCUGGGUUAUCAGUUUCAUUGCUACCUGGCUUAACUUUGAAUUGCCAUCUCAGGAGUUGUGUAUUUAUCAUGAGAAAUGUGUACAGAAUAUUGACUUUUCCCAAAACCAUCAUGCUACAAGUAUGCCUCUCUUGUGUGCGAGGACAUUUGUCGGCAGCUUCUAACGGCAUGUUGUCAGGCAAGUAGCAUGUGCCAGAUGUGACUGGACAGUCGGCUGCAAGGGCAAGGAUGUGAUUGGUCAGUAGAUGUGAUAUUGUACAGAAAACUUAUUUCAAAAAAUGGAUUUUGCUGAUUGUAACCUGUACACUAAGGUUUUUGAUCUACUUAUUUCCCACCGGGACAUCCCUGAUCUGUGUUGAGCCAACUGGGGAUGUGACUGGUACAGGCAGGACUCGGGAUGGAAUCAGUAGUAAUGUUCCACUGUCGUCUGAGUUAGGUUGCUGGCCAGCCUCUUCUCCUCUGAUUCCACUAACACAAUGGUUUCCUUUCUCAUAGGAUGUCAGCAUGACCAGACUUAACCAAUUUUCAUUUUGAAGGAAGAGAUCAUAUGGAAUAACUCCAGCAUAAUUAAUGAAGAUGUUUUCUUCUGACAACAAUUUUGAAUGAUAUUAAAGAGAUAUGAAUUAUGAAGAUUAAUUUAAUGUUUUUGGGUUAUGAUGGUUGUUCGGUUUCUGGUUGAAUAAUUGUUUGGAUUUGGAAGAAAUUGUAGUCCAGGAGAAACCAAGACAUGAGACAAGCAAGCACCUUUCGAGAAAGAUGGACAUCAUGCCGACUCACGCAGUUGGCAGUGGUGGCCGAAAUCUCAUCUUUCCUUGUGACGUUACACAUUGAUCCACAAUAUUGACAGUUUUACUGCUUGUGAAACUACUUGUCAAAGACUCUUUCAAGGCCUUGUGAUAUGAAAUUAUCUCUGUACUUGAGAUACACACCCAGGUGAUACAAGACAUCAUUAAAUACUCAGAUUUUUCCGGUAGAUGAUUGCUUUGAACAUGCUCAUGAGCCAUAAGCUUUAAAGAUGGACUGCUUUCCUGAAACUAUAUUUACUCAUUGAGAGUGAUCUUGUUUAAAAAGUAAUGCUUUACUUAAAGAAAGGGGUUUUAGUAUUUUGUUUUUUGUCCAUUCGGUACAAACUUUUUUGUAUGUUAUGACCAUGCUAAACUUUUUUCUGUUAAAAGUUGAAUACGAAUCUGAAAUUGAUAUCUGUCCACAUUUAUGUAAUGUUUUGUUAGGUCCGUGUUAUCAUGAUCUGAAGUAAUAAUGCUAAGAAUAUAUUGGAACAAUUAUCUGCACGAAAUCUGUUGGCUGAUCUGAUUGGUUAUUGUGUACAUUUUGCCCUGCUCAUGUGACCUUUUCAAACAUGCGUGCCACUACAUCUGUGUAAUACAUGUAUAUUGUCUUUAUUCAUCAGCACCAAUUUUGUUUAAUGUGAUCCAUUUCUACCUCUUGUAUGGUAUUAAUGUAUAUAUCAUGUAUGUCAGUAGAGCAAAUUAUCUCAUGUCAGCUCUUUCAAAACUAUAAUUGCUCCUCUUUUCAUGAAUACUUGUUUGAUGUUUUUGAUCUAGAAGGAAAUUGAUGUAUGUGAAACUUCUGUCAUCCAAACUGACUGGUUUGCUUCGUUCUAUCACACAGCAAUGCAUUAAAAGUGCCUUUUAAAAUUUGAUAAAACUCAUGCAGUUCUCUCUUAGUUUGUAAACUCACACUCAAUGUAAUUUCAUUUCUGGUAAAUAUGAUUGACAUAUUGAAAAGGAUUCUAACCGUCCAACUGUUGAAUUUGUUGUUCAUUAAGACAUGCAUGUCUGUGAGGAAAGGUUGUUGUGGAAUAAGAUUUUAUCUGGGUAGAACCAGGACACAGUGUUUUGUUGCUAUUUUAUGUUCUGCCUGGUUGCUGUGGUAACAGGCUGGACAUCAUGUACUUAAGUCUUUGUAGGUCUGAGUACAUUCUUUAGGCAUAGUGCUUGCAACAGCUGUUGAAUCAAAGUUGUUGAAAUUGGUAUUGUUUGUUAUUUCAUAGUGUUUUGGUGGGAAGCCAUUGUUAUUUCAAGAACUUCUUUCUUCUUAAUAACAUGAAGUGAUAUUUAUUUUUUUAGUACUUAGUGCUAAACUUUAAUGGGUUUAUUUCUAGUGCCAAUUCUCAAUGAACCGUCCAUUUUAGUUUGUAUUACAUUUAUUUAAUAUAUUUUUUAUGAAACAAUGUGUAGUUAAUUUUAUAGUUAUUUGUUAUUCCAAUGUGCCAUACAUCCUUAUUUUUGUGGUUUUUAUUCUCAUCAUCAAAUCUAAACUUUGCAGAGUACUUGGUCACUUUCUUUGAAUAAUUUGAUUUUCAUUUUAAUAAAAUUUUGUGUCAGUUUGAUCAAUUCUGUUGCUAGAACAUGUUCACUAUGUCAUGCAUAUUUCCUAAAGAAGGAACUUACUUCUAAAUAAUAAUAAAUUUAGAGUAAUAGUUUUUCAUACAGUUCUUUAAUUUGGCAAAGCUCUGUAGAUUCUAUUGAAAAGAAUUUGCUAAUGUACAUUUGCAUCAAGAACCUUUAAUGUCAUGCAUUUUUGUUCUCUAGUCACGGAUCUGUGAUGUCUCACACUUACAACUCUUGAGCAUAUUGAUCACAAAAGAUGAAACUCAACGAAUUUUUGUCCAUGUCUUUCACUUUGAAUAUUGGAAAUGUCCGACUACUUAAUAACUAACAUGAGCAGACACAAAUAUCUUUAUAGGGUUUUAAUGAUACACUUAGUAGGAUGAGAUACAUAUGUAUCGGGCCACGAUACAAUACAUGAUACAUACAAACUCAACACUUGCCAUCAUAGGAAGCCAUAUUUCAACUCUGAUGGGGUAGAUUAUAGUUCAUUCAGAACUCAUGUACAUGCUGUUGGAAUAGUAUGGGAGCCAUGUUCCAUCCUCAUGGGAAUCAACAUAGGUCCAACUCAGACACUUGAAGUAAGUCUUGAGUCUAGCAAAUUAUCAAUGGCUUGAGAACUUGUGAUUUUUGUCGGAAAAUAUUGCUUGAAAUAUUAUCGUGGCACAAAGUAUCGUGAUGCACUAAGCAUUGGUGAAUCAUUGCACCCCUGUAUCUGUUUCCUGAACAGUGGAUGGGAAACGAUGGGUAUACAUUAAAUGAAAGAGAAAACUACAGAUUGUUGAAAACUCAAUUGAUAUUUAUGCUCUCCGUCAAGAGAUGAGGUAAUAUUGUUGCUUAAAUUUUUGCUCUUAGCUCACAUUGUUAAUGUUGUUUGACCAUGUUUUGUACAUAUAUGUGUAUGUAAAUAGAACAUGUUGAUUGUCUGUCGUCACCUGUGCCUUCUGUGUCAAUCAGGCUAACAUUGUUCAUGAAGCAAACUGCAUUUCUCCACAGUCCACAUGGCCUCAUGCUAGUUCAAGGGUAACCAUGGUAACAUGCUUUGACAUUGUCAGUGGUGUAUGCCUCAAUACAAGGUGAUGUUGAUGGCCUAUAUUUUGUCAUUAUUGAUUUCAAUUUCUAAUUUAUAUUUUAACUUUGAUGGAGUUUUAUGUUCAGAAUAUGGAUGAUAUUAUUUACUUUUGGAGAAAUUGUAAAUACGAGAACUCUUUCAAUUUUUAAUAUCACUGGCAUUUUGUUUGAAGCAGUACAUAUGGCGGCCAUAUUGCUGGGGGUGGGCACAUGAGGGUAAAACAGGUCUGUGUUGUGCGAGGACAUUUCAUUGUUACUGUAUGAAGGAGUGCUCUCCCUUUCAUGUAUUGUAGGGUAAAAAUUGUAGUAAAAGAAAUGCAUACCAGUAUUUUAAAUUUUUGUGAAAAUUUAGAACUUGACUUUAUUUCUUUUGAAAAUUGGAAUUUGUUUGAAAUUCUUGCUGUAUAUAUUUAGGUGGGGAGGGAUGUUGGUUCUGACAGGGGUUGUGUUUGCACGAAGGAGGAGCACUUCUUUGUAAGAGUUGCCUGUGCAUUGUUAUCAAUAUCAAUUGUCAAUCAGAAAAGGUCUUCGAAAAUAUUUUCAACAGGUCACGUUUUGACCAUUCUGCACUAGUUAUCAGUUAAACAUUUAAACAGAUUUAUGUAGAACAAGCUGUUUUGUCAAAGGUCAUGCAUAUAAUUUAAACAUGAAAUAUAUAAUAAGUGAUGUGAUUUCAAAGAAAUGUAUGAAAUUGUAACUUGCAUUAGAAACUUUUAUCUUGGGCCUUCUGGAGAGCGUUUCCUUUUUUCUGAAAAUGUUUUGAAUUGUGCUAAGAAACAAAAAGUACACUAUGGAUUGUACUAUGUUGUGGAAUGAUGCUGUAUCAUUGACAAAUAAGCUUAUUCCACAAAUUUAGUGAUUUAAAGAUAUUUUGAUAAUGUCUUGCCGUCCGUCCAUCAGUUGCUGUAGUUAUAUUGUGUAUGAAAACUCGUAGAUAUUUAUAAAGCCAUUUGUCUCAGGAGCAAUGCACAUAAUGCAGAAUAACCUAAGGCUCAAAGAUUCUAGAUUUUUCCUCCGUGUAAUAUUUGUUACGUUUUGCUCGGUAAAAUUUUCCCAAUUAUCCAAUUGUUGGCAUAAUGCGGUUAAUAAGGAAGUGUUCUAUCAUGUCAAGCUCCCUGGAUUUGAUCAUAUAUUAUUUUUGCAUGUCUUGUCUGAACGCAAGAAAACAAAAAUGUACAGUACAUGCGUUAGGGUUGCACUAUCAAGGGUUUAAAUUGUCUCCCCUUAAUUGAAAAACAUUUAAGUGGUCUCAUGGGAAAAUAGUCACAAAUUGCUUCUUGAUGGGGGGAAUGAAAAAGAUGACUACUUGGGAACACUGUGUUUGUAUCUUUACGCAUAUUUAUCAAUGGUUUUAUACUUACAGACAAUAGGCCCUUCCUGUACUGUGAGGUUAGUCUAUGUAGUAGUGCAAUGUAGAUCCAAAUUUUGCUACGUUCAAUUUUGUAAAAUGUGUUAAGUUUAAUAAAAUCUGUAUAUCCUCUA